UCAGAUGCUUCUGGGUCGCGGUGGGGAAAGCUCCCUAGGUCUUGCGUGUGAGCUGCGGUAGUCGCGCGCUAAGAGCGACCCGGCGAGGGAUGGCGGCCACCGGGACCGCGGUCGCCACGGCCACCGGCAAGCUCCUGGUCCUGCUGCUGCUUGGGCUCACGGCGCCUGCCGCGGCACUGGCCGGCUACAUCGAGGCUCUUGCAGCCAACGCCGGAACAGGAUUUGCUGUUGCCGAGCCUCAAAUUGCAAUGUUUUGUGGGAAGUUAAAUAUGCAUGUGAACAUUCAGACUGGGAAAUGGGAACCUGACCCAACAGGCACCAAGAGCUGCUUUGGAACAAAAGAGGAAGUUCUUCAGUACUGUCAGGAGACGUAUCCAGAGCUACAGAUCACAAAUGUGAUGGAAGCAAAUGAGCCGGUCAGUGUUGACAAUUGGUGCCGGAGGGACAAAAAGCAGUGCAAGAGUCACAUCGUGAUACCUUUCAAGUGUCUUGUGGGUGAAUUCGUAAGUGACGUUCUACUCGUUCCGGAGAAGUGCCAGUUUUUCCACAAAAAGUGGAUGGAGGUGUGCGAGAAUCACCAGCAUUGGCACACUGUAGUCAAAGAGGCCUGUCUGACUCAGGGGAUGACCUUAUAUCGCUAUGGCAUGCUGCUGCCCUGUGGGGUAGACCAGUUUCAUGGCACUGAAUAUGUGUGCUGCCCUCAGACAAAGAUUAUUGAAUCAACCGUGUCAAAAGAGGAAGAGGAGGAUGAGGAGGAAGAAGAGGAAGAGGAUGAAGAGGAAGACUAUGAUAUUUAUAAAAGUGAAUUUCCUACCGAAGCAGAUUUGGUGGACUUCACAGAAGCAGCUGUGGAUGAGGAUGACGAAGACGAGGAGGAAGGGGAGGAAGUGGUGGAAGACCGUGAUUACUACUACGACACCUUUAAAGGAGAUGACUACAAUGAAGAGAACCCCACUGAACCCAGCAGCGACGGGACAAUUUCACAGAAGGAGAUUACUCAUGAUGUUAAAGCUGUCUGCUCCCAGGAGGCGAUGACGGGCCCCUGCCGGGCCGUGAUGCCCCGUUGGUACUUCGACCUCUCCAAGGGAAAGUGCGUGCGCUUUAUAUAUGGUGGCUGCGGAGGCAACAGGAACAAUUUUGAGUCUGAGGAUUAUUGUAUGGCUGUGUGUAAAGCGAUGAUUCCCCCAACUCCUCUGCCAACCAAUGAUGUUGAUGUGUAUUUCGAGACCUCUGCAGAUGAUAACGAGCAUGCUCGCUUCCAGAAGGCUAAGGAGCAGCUGGAAAUACGGCACCGCAACCGAAUGGACAGGGUAAAGAAAGAAUGGGAAGAGGCUGAACUUCAGGCCAAGAACCUCCCGAAAGCAGAGCGGCAGACUCUCAUUCAGCACUUCCAAACUAUGGUUAAAGCUCUAGAGAAGGAAGCAGCCAGCGAGAAGCAGCAGCUGGUGGAAACCCACCUGGCUCGAGUAGAAGCUAUGCUGAAUGACCGCCGUCGCAUGGCUCUGGAGAAUUACCUGGCUGCCUUGCAGUCCGACCCACCACGGCCUCAUCGCGUCCUGCAGGCCUUGAGGCGUUACGUCCGUGCUGAGAACAAAGAUCGCCUGCACACCAUCCGUCACUACCAGCAUGUGUUGGCUGUUGACCCAGAAAAGGCAGCCCAGAUGAAAUCCCAGGUGAUGACACAUCUCCAUGUGAUUGAAGAGAGAAGGAACCAAAGCCUCUCCCUGCUCUACAAAGUACCUUACGUAGCCCAGGAAAUCCAAGAGGAAAUCGACGAGCUACUUCAAGAACAGCGGGCGGACAUGGACCAGUUCACGGCCUCUAUCUCGGAAACCCCCAUGGACGUCCGGGUGAGCUCCGAGGAGAGCGAUGAGAUCACGCCAUUCCACCCUUUCCAUCCUUUCCCGUCCUUACCUGAGAACGAAGACACUCAGCCGGAGUUGUACCAUCCAAUGAAAAAAGGAUCUGGAGUGGGAGAGCAGGACGGAGGACUGAUCGGUGCUGAGGAGAAAGUGAUUAACAGUAAGAAUAAAGUGGAUGAAAAUAUGGUCAUCGACGAGACCCUGGAUGUUAAGGAAAUGAUCUUCAACGCCGAGAGGGUUGGUGGCCUGGAGACAGAGCCGGAAGCCGUGGGGCCACUGCGGGAGGAUUUCAGUCUGAGCAGCAGUGCCCUCAUCGGGCUCUUGGUCAUCGCGGUGGCCAUCGCCACAGUCAUAGUCAUCAGCCUGGUGAUGCUGAGGAAGAGACAGUAUGGCACCAUCAGCCACGGGAUUGUGGAGGUCGACCCAAUGCUCACCCCAGAAGAGCGUCACCUGAACAAGAUGCAGAACCAUGGUUAUGAAAACCCGACCUACAAAUACCUGGAGCAGAUGCAGAUUUAAGUGCAAGAAAGCACGUGGCAGCGCCGGCUGGAGGAGGUGCUGCGGGUGGGCCAGCAGGGGUCCCGCGUUUCGGAUCAACUACUGGCCCAGCAGUUGCUUCCAGAGGAUUCAUCUGAUGUGCAGACCUUCUGGAUCAUUAGGACUCUAAAGUACUACUGUAGAAUCACAAUCUCCAUUCUUUUAAAUGGGUGAAAAAUGUUAAUAUAACAAUAUAUGAUAUAUAAACCUUAAAUGAAAAAAUGAUCUAUUGCAGA